UCUUGCAAAGAGUUAGAAAAGCGUCCCAUUUCUAUUUCUCCGACACGUGCUAACAAGGUAAUACUGUGUACUUGAUUUAUAACUUAUCACCAACUUACACGAUGGCGCGUAACGAGAUCAAAACCGUCCAGGAAGCUCGCGAUUUAGUAGCACUGGAGCUCGACAAUAUACGUUCAUCAACCCUUAAUCUCCAAUUUCUUGACAAACUAAAAUCAACAGAACGCAAAUUGGAUAAUUUGAAAUUAAAUAGGCAAGAAACAAAUGAUCCUGAAACACAAGAACUGCAAGAAAAGCUCGCACAAUUAAAACAAGAAUGGCAGACCAUAAUGGCAGAUUCCGAAGAAAGUAAACUAGCGUCCCUGACCAAGGAAAAGGCACAACUGGAUCAGCAUAAUCAAGAUACCAACGACGACAUACGCCAACUGGAAAGCAACAUUAGGGAUUUACGGCAAGAAUUAUCUACAUUAGAACAACAAGAUGAUGAGCAAGAAACGGAUGCGGUGAGCCUUCAACUUGCCGUAUUUAGGGGCUUGGGCGUACGCAUGCUUUCAAAGGACGACAAGUUUGUUACUGCAUUAUUAGCCAACGACAAAUACAGUAAAGUAAAUACUGUGGACAUCACAAAGGGUUAUUCACAAUUUUAUUUAGCCAAAGUUGUUUGGCAGUUUAUCUCCAUGUAAAUACGAAACAAUCACACAAUAUAUAUCCCUCCCCAACCAUCUCCUCGCCAUCAGCUUCUCUUUUGUGUAUUAUACAUACCUAAUGACUAAUUAGUAUUGCUGCUUUUUGCAUGAACAAAAAACUGAAUAGAUGACAAUAUCGUGCAUUUAGUGCACUUAAUGCGCAAGCGGCCGGCGUACAAAGCUCGC